ACACUCCGCAUGCGUGAAUCAGAUCAUGGAUCUUUAGAAAUAAUGAUAGACUCGUCUCUUCAGUAAAGGAAGAUGUUAGUCUAUCCACAUGCCUAGUAUUGUUAUUAUUUCUUAUCCAGUUCAACCUGCAUCCUAAAUAACUGAACGUCAUUUCUCGGUAUCUUUCAUUUGUUGAUACGUGCGAAGCAAUCAUGUUUACCUCGCAAACUUCCAUGCAAACGUCCUCCUUCCAAGAUUCAAUUGACGUGGAAGAAAAGGAUACGGAUUAUGAUAACGAAGAGAUGGGAUAUAAUCAGAAAAUACAGUUGAACUGUUACUAUACCAUUUAUCUCUACCAAGGCACCAGCCUCACCCUAGUGGACAGCAGCCUGCCGGUAGAGGCGGAGCCUGAGCUACGAUGCUACAUCUCCCGGAGGCUGAGCAAAGGAGCCCUGCUCGGGGGCAUGGGAAACAUUGCCGCCGUGGAGCUCAGUGUCCCAGAGGCAGCGGUGGGCUGUUACUGCUGUCUCCUGGAGCAGGAGAGAUCCCCAGAGCAGCCCGACGCGGACGGCAAUGGCUAUGUCAUCUGCCUGAUGGGAGGCUCUGAGAAAGGCCUCAACCUGUUUAGACUUGAACUGGACAAGUACGUGCAAGGCCUGCAGAGCAGUCUACAGACUGCUGAGCUGGUGAACCUAGAGACUGAGAUCAGGCCCUACCUGAGCAUGUGGUACGAGGAGUCGGUGAUGCACAUCCACAGAGUGGUGCAGAUGGUCCAGGGGAGCAUCAGCUUCCUGCUAUAUGCUGUGAUCCAGUCCAAAUUGGUAUGUGCUGUGAAUAUGAAUGAAUAUGGUUCAUGUGUGUGUAGGUUCGUUAAGGCAGCCAGUCUGCAGGGCCUGGUCCAGGAGGACACUACCACAGCCUCUCUGUAUAAGACCUCAGAGGCUCUUACUGACCUGGUCAUAGACUGCUCCACCAGCCCUCCUACACUCUCCAACACAGUCAGUAACCGUUUCUGUGACGGUUGGAUCCAGUCAUUCCUGAACGCAGCAGAGCGCUGUAACCCUUUCCUCCUCAGACAGAUCCUGGAGAACUUCAAACUCAAGGCCAUUCAGGACAUGAACAGUCUGAAGCGGUUCAUCUGCCAGGCUGAGUCGAGUCACUACGCUCUGUUCCGCUGCUUCCAGUUCCUGCAGGGCUGUGGGAAUGGGGACGUGCUGCUCCAGAACGCCCACGCCGAGCACCGGGACCUCCCUGAGGCCUGCAGCAUCAUCCGCGUGCUGGACCAGUUCCUCAGCGAACAGCAGGCCCAGGGAUGAGGAUAGGGAGGAGGGACACUGACACACCGCAGCCACCAGGUCGGCGAUAGUUAAACUCUAAUUGGCAGUGACACCUCGAGGGCGGCGAUAGUUAAACUCUAAUUGGCAGUGACACCUCGAGGGCGGCGAUAGUUAAACUCUAAUUGGCAGUGACACCUCGAGGGUGGUGAUAGUUAAACUCUAAUUGGCAGUGACACCUCGAGGGUGGUGAUAGUUAAACUCUAAUUGGCAGUGACACCUCGAGGGUGGUGAUAGUUAAACUCUAACCUACCCAGUCUCAACACCAUGGCCUGUAUUUAUAAAUGAUCCUAUAGAAGUCACAACUCCUGUUCUGAGAUGUGAAUUUGUGAAUACAGGCCCAGACCUGUGUGAAAUAGGGGUGCGCUUGAUUUGAGUUGGCCACUUUUGGGUCCAUUUCUUUUGUUAAAUUGUUGUACCAGACUAACUAAAUCAAGCACAGCACAAGGAUGUGGAAGUAUUUGACCCAGGUCUCCUCACACGGGAACUCUUCCAUGCUAGAUGUCAGUGUGUUGGGCACUUUUCCUUUACCGUUGGUGUUUUCCAGUGGUCCCUGUCUUCCAUUUGCGGUGUGAUUGAAUAGCAUUUACCCAGAAGAAACAGACCAAGUAUGUUGUAUCUGGAUCAGAAUUAACUCUAAAAACAAAAAUAUCCAAAGUCAUGUUAACACUAGUGUUUUCUUUGCUGUUAUUAAAACACGCAGUACUAUAAACGAAUGGAAACACUAUCAGUAUGUUUAACCCAGACUAUACAUCUCAACAUGUGAAUCAUUUGUUUUGCUUGUCUUACAUCAUGUCCAAAUGUUGUAUUUCUUUUAAACUAUUAGUGUUGCUUGCCUUUUGUCUGCAUGUCAGUAUGCUAUCAACAUACUACAGUACAAUCCUGCUUUUCUGCACAGUGGAACAAUGCACAAAUCACUUUAAUCAGCUUUUGUUACUUACUCAAUUUCACCAGUAAAGAAAUUGCUACACACUGACAUUCCCACGUAGCUCAGUUGGUAGAGCACUGCGCUUGCACCGCCAGGGUUGUGGGUUCCAUUCCCACGUAGCUCAGUUGGUAGAGCACUGCGCUUGCACCGCCAGGGUUGUGGGUUCCAUUCCCACGUAGCUCAGUUGGUAGAGCACUGCGCUUGCACCGCCAGGGUUGUGGGUUCCAUUCCCACGUAGCUCAGUUGGUAGAGCACUGCGCUUGCACCGCCAGGGUUGUGGGUUCCAUUCCCACGUAGCUCAGUUGGUAGAGCACUGCGCUUGCAACGCCAGGGUUGUGGGUUCGAUUCCUAAGGGGGACCAGUACGAAAAUGCAUGCACUCACUACUGUAAGUCUCUGGAUAAGAGCUUCUGCUAAGUGACUAAAUUUAUGCGCUGCUUGUUUUUGUAUUUCUGUUGCUGACUGCAGUCUUAUCUAAAGAUACUCGUUAAUGUGGUUAAUCCUCACAUUCCUUAGUAGGGAAUAUUAGUGUUGUAGAGGCCAACGUGUUGUAUAUCUACUUCACAGGAGGCUGCUGAGGGGAGGACGGCUCAUCAUAAUAAUAGCCAGAACGGAGUGAAUGGAAUGGCAUCAAACGCAUAGAAACCAUGUGUUUGAUACCAUUCCACCCUUUCCUCUCCAUCCAUUACCAUGAGCCCGUCCUCCCAAAUGAAGGUGCCACCAACCUCCUGUGAUCUACUGUCACUGUAUGUUAAGUUACAAAAAUGACUUUCACUACUCUUCACCAGCCCUAUUGUAAUGAUAGUGUGUUCAGGGCUAAAUAACCCACAUGAUUUAUUGUGCCUGUAUGACAGCAACUACGUAGGUUCUAUUUUCCUAUCAAUGUGUCGACGUCUCUAAAAAGUAUAUUAUGGUGAAAAUGAAGCAAUAUUGUCUGUGAAGGUGUGUCCUUUAAACUGUGAACCAAGUGACAUGUUAGUUGUGAUCUAUUGUAGUGGACAAUGGUGACUGAUCAUACAACAACUGUGCAUUUAAAUCUCCUGUACAAGUUAAUGUCUAUUAAUGUGGUGUCUAUCAUGUAGAUCUGUGGUUUGACUUGUAUAAAUAGUCAUGUGAA